CCAUUACAUAUAUGCUUUCAUGUUUGCAUGUGAACUAGCUUAGUUUUGGUCGAUAGAAAACACUCAUCGCCAAUUUAAUAUUUUAAGAAAUUAAAUUCUCUCUUUCUCAUGCGGGCUCCGUUGCCCACCUACCAAUACUGGUAAUAAGGCUCCUAAUGUAGAAGAUAAAUUUUGUCAGAUAGAAGGGAACAAAUAUUGUUGCUUCCUUUGGUUUCAUAGAAUGCAUGAGUUAAACAAGUAAAGAAUUUGCUUUGCUGAUAGAGGCUUCUUAGAAUGAUGAGGGCAUCUGAGAAAUGGGAUAAUUCAUCUGUUAAACAUCACUAUCAUUUCAAGCUUUUAUGAAUUUCUGCUUUUGUAUUUUAUACUACACUUUCUUCUUUUGAUUUCCCUUUCUUUGUUGGGCCAAGAGAGGUAGCAUCAGAACCAUACCGAAAACAACAGAAGGAUUCCCUUUGUUCGUAUUCGAAAAUUCAUUACUAUUUAAUCGUUUAUCGUCAAUCAUAUCCCCCACUAAGUUGAAGAAAGCAAAAAUGCGCGCACAUAAGUCGACACUCUGACAGCAUUUCUUUGGCAGGAAAAAGAUGCUGUUGCCAAAUUUUUUAGAAAGGUUAAGAACCCUGGUGGGCAUCAAAAGCUGGGAUUACAUAGUUCUAUGGAAGUUAAGUGAUGAUCAUAGGCGUGUUGAGUGGAUGGAUUGCUGUUGUGCUGGAACUGAAAAUAUUCAAAAUGGUGAAGAAGAACCGCUUUUUUUUCCUUCUUCUUCUGCUCUUCCUUGCAGAGAUGUGACGUGUCCACAUCCAAGGAUUAAAUCUUGUGAUUUAUUGGAACAACUUCCUGCUUCCAUAACACUGGAGUCAGGAAUUCAUGCACGAACAUUCUUGUCAAACCAAGCCAGCUGGUUGAACUUUUCGAACAACUCGGAUUCAAAUGUUUCCGAAGAAACUCUAGGUACCAGAGUAUUGAUUCCAUUGUCUAUUGGAAUAAUCGAGCUGUUCGUUACCAAACAAGUACCUGAAGAUCAACAAGUCAUAGACAUUGUUAGAGCUCAGUGCAACAUUUUUCUGGAACAACAAGCCAUGAGUAAUUCAGGCAAUACAGAUUCAAGCUUCUCAUUGAGUGCAAAUGGAAUACAAGUUCCCCCUGAGCCCUUGAAGGAAAACUUGUAUUUGCCCCAUGAUAUCUCCGUUGAAAGAAUUCACUUGUGUAAUUCUCCAAUGAACGUCUCUAAUUUCCAACAGUUUAGUGGCACGGGAGAAACAGGAAACACGAGUAACAAUAUUUUCUUUGAAGGAACAUAUGUAUCAAACCCUUUCGCCCCGUCGAUUGAGAAUGGAUUCCAGGAGAUGGAAACAUUACAAAGUAACAUAUUUGGUAGCCAAGUGAAAGACGAUGACUCUUUUACACGAGAGAAUAACCGUUCAGAUGAUUCUGAUCCGAAUGAUGAUGAAGAAGAUGCAGCAAAGUAUGGUAGAAGAACAGGAAAGGGACCUCAAUGCAAAAACCUCAUGGCUGAGAGGAAGAGAAGAAAGAAGCUUAAUGAUAGGCUCUAUACUCUUCGAGCCUUAGUCCCUAAAAUUUCAAAGUUGGAUAGAGCUUCUAUACUCGGAGACGCAAUUGAUUAUGUAAAGGAGCUGCAGAAACAAGUGAAAGAACUCCAAAUUGAGCUUGAAGGACAUUCAGAUGAUGAGGACGCAAGGAAAACAUCAGGAACAAACAGUAAUGACAACAAUGUCCAACCAGGUGUUACGUACCAAGCUGGAAUGAAACGUGCUGCUAAAUACGAACAGGAGAAGUAUUUGAAAGUUUCUCACAGGGGACCAUCUGCCAAUGUUGGCAUUAACAUCUCGAAACAGGAACACGAUUCAGAAAAUACGAAUGAGAAGCUGCAGCUGCAAAUGGAGCCACAAGUGGAAGUCUUCCAACUAGAUGGGAAUGAGUUAUUUGUGAAGAUAUUCUGUGAGCACAAGUCAAAUGGAUUUGUGAACUUGUUGGAGGCUUUGAAUUCUUUGGGCUUGGAAAUAACUGAUGUGAACACAACUAGACAUACAUGUCUGGUUUCAAACAUCUUCAAAGUAGAGAAAAGGGAUAGUGAAACAAUUCAAGCCAAUCAUGUCAGAGAGUCGUUACUUGAGUUAACACGAAAUCCUUCCAGAAUCUGGGCUGAGAUAGAGAAAACAUUGGAGAAUGGCAACAUAGAUCAUGAUUAUCACCACCGCCAUCUUCACCACGACUACAGCGACCACUCCCUCCUGCAUAACCAUGACCCCCAAAUGAAUCCUCAUCCAGUGCAGCGCCUCCACCACUAAGUAAUAAUUUGGGGGCUGCUUCUUUUUCUCGUUUUCUACGUAUAAAGCAGGUAAAAGACCUGAAAAUUUGUUCCACAAUAAGAUGAGACUGCUUGAACUCA